AUGGAAAACUCGGUAGAGUCACAGCGGCUGCGGCGGCCUCGGUCGCGAACCGCCUGUGGGUUUCCGGUGUCGACUAUCAUCGUUACUAUAUUCGGUCUGCUCCUGGUCUUUGGCAUUGUGCAAUCGUACUUGACGCUCCAGAUCGACCCCCAAGGAUGCAAGACGCCCAGUAUGCUGCCAACGUACAUCAAAUUGGGCGGGUUUGAUACGGAACAUACCCGAUUCGCUAGCAAGUACAAUCUUUACUUGUAUCGAGAACGAGGUGUAGACGACUACAGCGAAGAAGACAUUGGGCUCAAAGGAGUGCCGGUUCUCUUCCUCCCGGGAAACGCAGGAAGCUACCGGCAGGGACGGUCCCUUGCUUCCGAAGCCUCCUUGUACUUUCAUAAUGUACUGCAACAUGACCAAGACAGGGUCAAGCUCGGCACCAGGAGCUUGGAUUUCUUCAUGGCAGACUUCAAUGAAGACAUGGCUGCUUUCCAUGGCCAGACAAUCCUCGACCAGGCAGAAUACAUCAACGAUGCCCUGUCCUACAUACUAUCGCUGUACCAUGAUCCCAACCGAGCUAGAAGAGAUACCGAUCUGCCAGACCCAGUAUCCGUCAUACUGAUAGGUCACUCCAUGGGAGGAAUUGUCGCUAGGACAGUCCUGACAAUGGCCAAUUAUCAGGCCAACUCUGUGAAUUCCAUCAUCACCAUGUCCACACCGCAUGCCAGACCACCCGUAUCGUUCGAUUCCGACCUGAUGAGUACCUAUAAACAGAUCAACUCCUACUGGCGCGAAGCCUAUUCGGAGAGAUGGGCCAAUAAUAACCCGUUGUGGCAUGUCACCCUCAUAUCCAUUGCUGGCGGUGGAGGGGACACCAUUGUGCCCUCAGACUACACUAGCUUAUCCUCCCUGGUGCCCGAUACCCAUGGUUUUACCGUUUUUACCAGUACAAUUCCCAACGUUUGGACUGGAGUAGAUCACCUUUCAAUUGCAUGGUGUGAUUCCUUCAGAAAAGCCGUUGUUCGAGCGCUCUUUGAUGUUAUUGACGUUCGGCGCGCUACCCAAACGAAGCAACGAGCCGAGCGCAUGAGUGUAUUCAGGAAGUGGUUUCUUACCGGGAUCGAACCAAAUGCUGAUAAACUCCUGCCAAGUAAAGGUAAGAUUAAGCAAUAUUGUGUUACAUCCGCUAUCACCAGACUAACGGGAACCAUAGAACCAACUACUUUAUUGACCCUUGAAGAAAACGCCAACGCAAUGCUAAAACAAGGCGAACGCCUGGUCUUGCACGGACUCGGCCAUCACGAAGGCCCUAAAGCCCAUCUAAUCCCUGUCCCCCCAAGAGGAGGUGUCCCUGGCAAAAAAUUUACCCUCCUGACAGAUCAGCGUGUUGAACCUUCAGGGUCCGGAAAGCUUGAAAUUCUGUUUUGCAGUGAUCCUCCCUCCCGCGCUGGGCAAUCCGCGACUUUGCUUUCCUUGAAUCUCGACCUAUCCGGUGGCAACGCUGCUUCACCUCGGCUGGUGUGCAAAAGCAGCUAUGAGGACGUGAUAUACAUCCCUGCUUCAAACAAGAAUUCAAAAGCCGCUUUUGAUGACGCCCAACCAUUUUCAUAUUUCCAAUACAGCCUAGAAGACCUUACGGAGUAUCAGUUUGUGGCCGUCGUCGAUAAGCACGAAAAAGCUACCCCCGGGUUUCUGAUUGCGGAGUUCUCUGACAGCUCUGACUCAGUAAUUCCGACUAGAGUUAGCCUGGGUCGGCUUCUUAGUGCUGGCUUAACCAUCCUGCUACCAGCCGACAGACCAAUGGUGACAGAUAUCAAGGUUCCAGCUCUGCAGUCCAGCUUGCUCGCCUAUAAGCUUAAGCUCAACAGGCAAGGAUGCAAACCCGACUCAGAGCUAUUUGCGCCCAUCGUUCGCCAGUAUAUAUCUGAUCCCUACGAAUCCAAGUUUUUCGUCAACGUAAAAGCGAUUGACGUUAAUCUCCAUGGAGUCGCGCCGUAUAUGCCUCCGCAUAUCAGGGACAAUGCAGCCGGAAGUGGCAUAUCCUUUGAGCUGUGGUCAGAUCGGAGCUGCAGCGCGCCACUUCAAAUAUCACUGCAAGUGGAUGUGCUAGGAAGCUUGGGUAGGCUUGCAAUGAGAUAUCGAACUGUCUUUGCUGCGUUCCCCCUGGUUAUUGUCGCAAUGGUCCUCCGCAAGCAAUUUAGAGUAUACGAUCAAACAGGCGUUUUUAUCAACUUUUCCGAAAGUUUAGAACUAUGUAUUCGGUCUUCUUUACCUCUUACCUUCCUUGGCUUCUCACUUUUGGCUACCACUCUGGCAACAUCCAAGUCCGUUGUAACCCAGGGGGUACAGUCAAGUUGGCAGUCGAACGCAACAGAGACGCCGAUAGACUAUGGGAAGAAUGAUCUUCUGUUAGGCUCUCAGGACACUUUCUUCUGGUUCUUGGUGCCUCUUUUCGGCAUUAUUAGCGUUGGCGCAUGUGUUGUUGUCCAUUAUGCUGCCACAACCAUCAUCUAUCUCCUUGGGCUUCUUCGAUCCACCGUGGCUGCUCGACAGGGCUAUAUCAAGCAUGAAAACGGAAAGCCUCUUCUCAUGCUCGUGAAACACAACUUUGCACAUUCGAUUCUCAUCCUAAUGCUUUGGAUUCUUCCGAUAAACAUCCCUGUCCUCAUCGUCUGGGGUCACAACCUCGCCGUACACUGGUUCACGCCCUUCUCCUCUCACCAUAAUGUGUUAUCAAUAAUGCCUUUCAUUCUUCUCGUCGAAACCCUAACCACCGGAGUCAUGAUACCCCGGAUUACCUCGAACUUCAAACAUAUCACAUCCGGCCUGUUUUUCUUCCUUGCAGUAUACGCCGCGAUUUACGGCGUCACAUACGCUUACUUACUACACCAUAUUGCCAACUUCGUCGUCACCUGGCUUGUGGUACUCUAUUUCUUCGGAAACGGCCUUUGCAUACCAAGCAUCGACCGGAUAACCCGUCUACCCGACUUCGCCGACACCGACUUUUCGAACGGUCACAUCAAAAAGCUGCCUUGA